UGAAAACACUGCCGAGUAGCGAUCGUGUUUGGCAGCUUGGAGUGGAAACGUUGCGUUUGAUAGAAUCAAAACCGUGUGAAAAUGACAGUAUGCAAUUUUUUUCUUCAGGGCCGUUGUCGCUACGGCGAAAAGUGUUGGAAUGAACAUCCGAGGGGAGGAAGCAGAGGUGGUGGUGGAGGAGGAGGAGGUGGAGGAUACAACAGCAACAACUACAACCGCUCUUCUGCUCAGCAGCAGCCGAGAGGAGGAGGGUUUGGAAACAGAGUUUGGGUGAAUCCCUCCCAGCAAAAAGGAGGCUAUAUCCAGCCUUCAUCCUUCUCUUCUCGUGGAAGCGAUGACUGGGGUCAAGGUGGAGGAGGAGGAGGGGGAGGGAAUGACUGGGGCAGAGGAGGUGGAGGGAGAAGAGAUAAUGCGAAGGCCUCCGAAUUCAGUUUCUCCACUCAAAACAGAUUUUCAGGGCUCAACACCUUUGACAGGGGAGGAAGAGGAGGACAGCAGGUCGCAGCUGGUGAUGAAGAUGAUGAGAAAAAGCUGGAGCUCAUUCAGCUGGACAUGGACAUCUGGGAGAGUUCAGGGCAGUGGGGCUUCUCGUGUUACGCUAACUCCAAGACAUCUUUAUCUGGUUUCACUGAUCUCUCUCCAGAAGAGCUCAGGCUGGAGUAUUACUCUACCAGAGCUUCAGGGGAUCUGCAGAGUUAUGUUAAUGGUGUCAAUCAGUUACUCAACCAGUGGAGAAGCAGAGUGCAGGAACUGAAAGUCAUGAAUCCUGCCACCCGCACAGCCUUGCUUGCAGAGUUAAGCAACCCAGCACCUCAGGCAUCUUCAGUUGGCUUUGAUUCAUCGACAGCCACUGGAUUUGGAUCCUCUACAUCCAGCUUUGGAAACAAAGGCUUUGGGGCUCCAGCACCAGCCCAGGCCAGCACUUUCAGCUUUGCUGCUGCAAGUGGUGGAUUUGGUUCCUCAGUGGCUCCAUCAUCCUCAACAGGUUUUGGCAGUGCCUCAGCAGCUCCUGUACAGCCUCCUUCUGGGUUUGGUUCCUCCUCUGCCGCCUCCCCUGCCCUUUCGGCCUCUUCGUUCUCCUUCAGUGCACCGACCUCCAACACGUCAGCAGCCACUUCAGGAUUUGGCUCUGCCUCAGGGUUCAGUUUCUCCACGGCAGCAAACACUGCAGGAGGAUUUGGGAGUGGUUUCGGGGCUGCACCCGCUGCAGCACCUGCUGUAGCAGGAAACAGCAGUAUUUUUGGACAGGCGAGUGGAGGGUUUGGAGCAUCCACUGCUCCAGCUGCAGCAGGAGCCGGGUCUGCCGGCGGGGCAACAGACAGUCUGUUUUCACCUGAAGGCAAACUGACUCCAGAGGAACUGAAUCAGUUCAGAGCUAAGAGGUUCACUCUAGGCCAGAUCCCUUUGAAGCCUCCUCCAGCUGACAUGCUGGUGGUUUGAUGCUGUGGGAAAGGUUUGCAAGAUGAAAUAAACAUAAUUUAUUCGAAGUAAA